ACCUGUUGAACGUUACGACACUGCGGUCAACAUUAGAGAUAUAUUUAUAGAGAUACAAACGUGAAUGGGUCAAACAUCAAGUGAUACUUGGACCAACAAGAGACCAGUUUUUGCAAAAAAUCGAAACAAUGAAGUUGAUUUUGGCAAUUGUUCUCUUUUCGGGAUUGUUGUUGCAAGAAGUGGAUUUAUGUGGAAACGUACUAUGUCACCUGAUGAAACCCGAAGGAGGAUGUGGAUGUGGAUGCAACAAUAAUAAUAAUAAUAUUGUACAAUUGUUAUCCCUGAUAAAUAUGAUGAAUAGUCCUUGUGAAAUGAACUCUCUUGUUACCAUGUUCAGAUGUGGAGCAAAGAACGUCACCAUUGACCCUCUUAAAGGAUGCAUGAAGUGUAAAGAAUCAAUCGGUAGAGAAAAUGAUCAAACUACGACAAUUGCACCGAUAACAGAAUUACCAACGACGACAGAAACUACAGCCGUACCGACAACGACGGAGAUGACAACAAUACCGACGACGACCAUCACAACAACACUGCCGACGACGACCGUUACAACAACAAUGUCGACUACGACCGAAACAACAACAAUGCCGACGACGACGAUGCAAGCAACAACCAAAACACAAUACACGACAAAAGAUAUGAAUACACAUGACAAUGGAAGCAAGCAAAACCAAAGUAACUCGAAAGCGAAUAUGGCCAACACAAGUAGCAAUAAUAGUUCCUCUUCUAACACUGUAUCUGGCGGAGUUGGUGGCAAUGGGAAUUCAUCUUCUCAAUCUAGCAGCUCGCAUUCCGAGAGUCAUAGCUCUUCCAGCUCUUCCUCGAAUAAUGGCGGAACUUCGGGUACUAAGAAUGGCAAUGGGAAUAAUGGAACAACAACUCAUACUGAGACACAUACCAGCAGUUCACAUACUGAAACCCAUACUAACGGUGGGAAACACACCGGCGGCAAUGGGGGUAAUGGAAACAACAAUACACAUACUGUAACUAAUACCGACCAAAAUGGUAGUCAAACAAGUACUACUACUAAUAACAAUGGAACCAGUGGUCAUAAUGGCACUAAAGGACAUACUAAUGGGUCUAAUGGGGGUACCAUACAUACGGAGUCUCAUACAAGUAAUACACACACAGAAACACACACUGGUGGCGCAGGGGGUCAUGGAGGUAAAAAUUCAUCUAGUUCAAGUAGCUCAAGUAGUAGUUCAAGCAGCAGCAGUAGCAGUUCUACUGACAGCAAUACAAAUACUAAUGGCACGAAUGGUCAUGGUGGAAAGGGAGGAAACAAUACCAGUUCACAUACUAGUACACACACUGAAACACACAGUAGUACUACUAACAACAGUCUGAAUAACAAUGGAAAUAAGGGAAAUAACGCUGGAAAGCAGACCUCUUCAAGUAAUAACUCAAAUAGUAGCAACAGUACUACACAGUCUAAUGCUAAUAACUCUGGUAAACUCAAUUCGUCAGCUAAAAAUUCCGGUAGCAGCAACAAUGCUUCGCAAUCAAGCACGAACAAUAGUGGAGCCAAAAAUACAAAUUCCAAUCCAGGCAACCAAAGCAACAGCAGUUCUGGCAAGAACAGUACAAAUACAAGCAAUUCUUCUUCUAUCACAAAUACUGCGAAUUCAGCAAACUCAUCUAAUAAAAAUUCUUCGACAACGAAUACAAAUACCAGCAAUACAGCAAAUCAAAUGUCAAAUAACAACAAACAAACCGCACAGAACGUAAAUUCUAAUUCAAAUACAGCAAAUCAAAAUGCAGCUUCAAAGAAUAGUACAUCUAAUCAAAAUACCAACCAAAGUUCAAAUACAGCUAAUAAUAGUAACAAUUCAAACAAACAAUCAUCAAGCAGUGCUCAUGCGUCAACAUCAGCUGUUAAAAUCCAUACUUCUAAACGUAUGACUACACCGAAACCGACUACAACCCAAAGACCCACAACUACACCAAAACCGACAACGACCACAAAGCCUACAACUACUCCAAAACCGACAACGACCCAAAAACCUACAACUACACAAAAACCGACAACGACCCAAAAACCAACACCUACACCCCAUCAUCAUCAUAUCCACAGGACCAAGCCUGUACAGAAAAUAAUAACAACUCAGAGACCAAAACCAACGACCAACAAGCCUACUAGCACAACACCAAAACCAACAACAGCCGUUCAUAAAAAUCAUAGAACUCACCGCCCUGGUCCAACACCUCCAACCAUCCCACCAACGACCAAAGCGCCAUCUACAGCACAUAAAAUUCAUAGAACUCACCGACCUGGUCCAACUCCACCAACUAUACCCCCAACUACCAAGGCACCAUCUACAACACAUAAAAUGGUGAAAACACAUCGUCCUGGUCCAACACCUCCAACCAUCCCACCAACGACCAAAGCACCAUCUACAACACAUAAAUUGGUGAAAACACAUCGUCCAGGACCAACUCCUCCAACGAUACCUCCAACUACGCAUGCUCAAACAACACGUGCUGGACCUACGCCACCUACAAUGCCAGGAAGUACUGCUGGACCGACACCCCCCACAAUGCCUGGCAACACCGCCGGGCCAACGCCACCUACAGUCGUUACAAAUACUGACGCAGUAGUCAAACAUAAAGUUACGACACCGAUGGCAAACACUAUCCUCAAAACAACAACACCAGGCUGUCCCCCGUAUGAUGGUGCCACAUGUCCAGCAGAUUGUCAGUCAUAUGAUAUGGAUUUCUGUCCAAUUUGUGACUAUUCUAUUUGUAGUGCAACCAAACCAUAAUGUAUAUUGGUAAUGGCCAUGUUGUACAACAAGUCACCAGUCUACAAUUCAAAGACGUGAACAAAUUACUUAUCAUGAAAAAUGUAUAAAAUAAAAUAAAAAACAUAAACUGUA